CUGUACGGAGGAACAGAUGCAGGAGCUCUGCCAGAUGUGGCCCAACACCUGGGCAACCUGUCCUUCAGAGUCUGGGAGCAGAUCAAGGAGAAGCUCCACUUCAGCCCCGUCAUUCUGGACCCAAACACGGCAAGUCCAGGUCUCUAUCUGUCUGAUGAUCUGACCAGCGUGAGAUGUGGAGACACAAAGCAGAAACUUCCUGAAAACCCAGAGAGAAACUCCACAUAUCCUUCUGUGUUUGGCUCUGAGGGCUUCAGCUCAGGGAGACACAGCUGGGAGGUGGAGGUGGGAGAUCAUCCACGCUGGAAUGUGGGUUUGGUUAAAGAGUCAGUUGACAGGAAGGGAAAGCUGUACGCUUCACCAGAAUAUGGAAUCUGGUGUUUAUGGCACGAUGAUGGAAAAUAUGUUGACUGUGCUGGUAAGGCUUUCAGAGUGAAGAAGAGUCUCCAGAGGAUCAGAGUCCAGCUGGACUAUGACAUGGGGGAGGUGUCCUUCUACAACUCUGAAGACAUGACUCACAUCUACACUCACAGAGACACUUUCACUGAGAAACUCUUCCCUUAUUUCUGCGUUUACCCAGCAGGAAACGCUAAAACAUCCGAUAUCAAAAUCUGUCAGAAUUUGGAUGAUAAUGACCUUUUCAAAGAUUGGUGA